AUGCUUCGUCUAGCCGAGUAUACUUUUAAUGGAAGAUUCGAUGCCGAGUUUGAUGUGUUGCUUGGGACGAGAGAGUUGCCGCCAUUCGAGAAAAGAUCUCUUGACUGGAACCUUAAUCACAUUAUUUGUGACGAGUUGAAAGUUGGCUUUAUGAUCAUGUUGGCCGGCUCAAGUACCAACAGUUUUUCAACAUUUCGAGCAAUCGCAAACGCCAUGCAGGUUCCAUUCAUCGACUGGGAGGUCUCGAAUCGGAGAUCGAUCGAGCUACAAUCACCAAUGACUUUCUCCGUGAGACCUCCAGUAGAUGAACUGCUUGUUGAUUACAUGAUUCAUAAAGGAUGGCAUCAAUUUGUUUACAUCCACGAUGGAGCAAAUGCCGCUCGGACCCUAUUUUCGCUUUUUUCCUAUGCUCAAAAGAUUCGACCGGAAUGGAGCUUUGAGGUGGACAACUACGAAGCUCCCACAGAUGAGGAAUUCUUUCGCGAGUUCUUGAACAAAUUUCACCGAAAGAACAUCAUGGAAGAGCAAAGACGGCGAAACAUUUCGCUGCAUUCGAUCGACGAGCUUCAGACUUCUGAUGAUCCUAUAAACGUGGUUGUCGAUCUGGAAGGCGGAUAUCGAAUGAGAGCCUUUCUCCGAGCACUCGAGGAAACCGUACUUGUAAAGCGAGAAUAUCACUAUGUUUUUGCAAAUCUUGAAAUGGAAGACUCGGAUCUCUUUGGCUUUCACUAUUCACUAAUCAACAUCACCGGUUUCCAAAUUUUCGAUCGAAACUCAAAAGAUUUCAUUAAAGAACGAAAAUCGUUUGAAGAUCAUUACAAAGAAAAGAUGCCGACAGCUGAAUGGUUGACGCAUCCAAGCGAGUUGAGAGCAAGUAGCGCCUUUGCUCACGAUGCUUUAUUGGUCGGUGGAACAGCAGCAGCGAUCGUCGAAAAAGAAAGAGGCGCUAAUAUUUUCAAACAUUCAUUUUCACAACAUCAACUUUUCAAUCGUGGCCUACCGGGAAUCUAUUGUCGCCCGCAUGAAGAUAUCCUUCAUCAAGCACGAAGAUUUGAAUCAUUUGAACAUGGAGCUCUGCUAGCGGAAGCGAUCAAAAAGGUUGAUUUGGAUGAGCGAAAUGGAACAUUGACGGGACGGAUACAAUUCGAUCCUCAAACCGGUUUACGAAAAAACUUUUCGGCUACAGUCAUUGAGAUUCGACCGGGGAUCAACAGUUUGACGAGUAUCAGAGAGCGAUAUCAAUGGGCUCAUGGAAAGGGUUUUCUUUUCGGGAAAACCAGUGUAUCAGAACACAGACAAGAUCGAACACCGAUGAAAAAGGGGAUUUUAGCUGAUAAACCGUGGAAAUUACGAUUCAACAUUGUUACUUUAUUGGUGGAUCCGUUUGUGAUGGUGAGAAGACAAAAUCCCGGUGAUCCAGUGUUAAAAGGAAAUGAUCGCUUUGAGGGAUACUGUAUUGAUCUACUUGAAUUACUCGCAAAAAACAUCACCGGAUUUGAGUAUGAUAUUUUCAUCUCAGAAGGUAACAAGUACGGAAAGAAGCAACUUGAUGGAAGUUGGGAUGGAGCGAUUGGUUAUCUGUUGAAUGAAACAGCUGAUGUUGCGGUGGCACCGUUGACAAUUAAUCAGGAACGCGAGCGGGUUGUCGAUUUCUCUAAACCAUUCAUGACUACCGGGAUUUCCAUUAUGAUCAAUAAGCCGGAAAAGCAAGAGUAUAAUAUUCUAUCGUUCAUGCAGCCGCUUGGGACGACCAUUUGGAUUUUAACGGCUUGCUCGUACAUUGGAGUUUCGUUGACAAUCUUUGUUGUCUCUUCAUUCAGCCCAUAUGAGCAAAGGAUUCAGUUUAAUCGAGGAGAAUUUAGUGUAACGAAUGAGUUCUCGAUCUACAACUCUUUAUGGUUCACUUUAGCGGCUUUUAUGCAACAAGGAACCGAUAUUUUACCAAGAGCUUUAUCUGGUCGAAUCGCCUCCUCGUGCUGGUGGUUUUACACGUUGAUCAUCGUUUCAUCAUACACAGCAAACUUGGCGGCUUUUUUGACGCUAGAAAAAAUGACUCCACCAAUUGAGAGUGUUGAGGAUUUAGCGGAUCAAGAGACGAUUCUUUAUGGCAUUGUUAAGGGUGGAUCGACGCAAGCAUUCUUUGAGGAUUCAACUGUUCCAUUGUUCAAAAAAAUGUGGAAUUUUAUGCAAAACGCGCACGCCAAACAGUUGAAAACGGCGGAAAAUGGGACAACAGAUUCGAUUUUUGUCAAUACAUAUGCUCGAGGAAUUGAAAAAGUUCGAAAAAGCAAGGGAAAAUAUGCAUUUCUUCUUGAAGAGACUACAAAUAAUUAUGAAAACACGCGAAAGCCGUGUAAUACGAUGAAAGUCGGAAUCAAUUUGAACACUCUAGGAUAUGGGAUUGCGACAAAAAUCGGAAAUCCAUUACGAGAAUCUAUUAAUUUGGCAAUUCUUUAUUUACAAGAAAGAGGUGAAUUGAAACGUCUUGAGUAUAAAUGGUGGUAUGAUAGAGCACAAUGUGAGAUUGGUGGAACGGAAAAUGCAAAUUCCUCCUCUUUAAAUCUCUCAAAAGUUGCUGGUAUUUUCUAUAUUUUGAGUGCAGGCAUGGCUUUGGCAUUAAUCACGGCACUUGUUGAGAUCAUUGGUCGACAACAUAAAGAGAAGACGAAGAAGCGAAAAGUGAAUCGAUUGAAUCCUCAUAGUCACCGUGAUGAGCACCGACAAAGAUCUCGAUCUGAAGAACCACGCAGUAGUCAAGGGACAUUGUUU